GGCGCGCGGAAGGGGCGCAGGCGCAGGGAGGCCGGCAACAUGGCGUCCAGGCCCAAGCGGCGCGCCGUGGGCAAUGGGUCUCCUGCUCCGCGCGAUGAGGAGGAGGAGGAGGAUGAAGUCGGGGAGGAUGAAGACGAUGAAGACAGUGACGAAGGCGAGGAUGAAGAGGACGAGAUCAUCAAUGAGGAAGUGAAUAUUGAAUUUGAAGCUUAUUCCAUCUCAGAUAAUGAUUACGACGGAAUUAAGAAAUUACUGCAGCAGCUUUUCCUAAAAGCUCCUGUGAACACAGCAGAACUAACAGAUCUCUUAAUUCAGCAGAACCAUAUUGGGAGUGUGAUUAAGCAGUCGGUUGUUUCAGAAGACAGCGAUGAUGACGUGGAUGAAGAUGAGAUUUUCGGUUUCAUAAGUCUUUUAAAUUUAACUGAAAGAAAGGGCACCCCGUGUGCUGAACAGAUUAAGGAGUGGAUCCUCCGCCUCUGUGAGAAGAACUGCGGGAAGGGCCUGGCUGAGCAGCUGGGACGGCUCCUCGGUGACGCCGCCAGGCCCGUGGGCUUUCUGCUGAGCGAGCGAUUCGUCAACGUCCCCCCCCAGAUUGCCCUGCCCCUGCACCAGCAGCUGCAGAAAGAACUAGCAGAGGCGCACAGAACUAACAAGCCAUGUGGGAAGUGUCACUUCUACCUUCUGAUCAGCAAGACGUUUGUGGAAGCAGGAAAAAGCAAUUCCAGAAAGAAAUGGAGUGAUCCGAAGAAAGAGGAGUUGAUGUUUGCAAAUGCAGAGGAAGAAUUUUUCUAUGAGAAGGCGCUCCUGAAGUUCAGCUACCCGGUGCAGGAGGAGAGCGACACCUGCCUGGGGGGCAGAUGGUCCUUUGACGACGUGCCCUUGAAGCCCCUGCGGACUGUGAUGUUCGUUCCGGGCGAUGAGAUGAGCGAAAUCAUGGAGAAACUCACAGAGCACCUGUCCGUCUAAGCCGUCUCCCGAGGACAGCGGUGGGCCCGUUUUGGGGAAUUACCAGAAGACUCCGUGGAGAGUUACGGAAAAUGUCAUGACUUUAUUCAGGUUAAAGUCCUCUACAAAAGUAGGCUUCUGUCACCUGUGUCUGUGACGCAUUUACAAAAUAUCUUUGCUUUUUAAAAUUUUGGUCAAAUUAAGAAUGGUUGAUUAAAAAGGUUUCCAAUAAGAAGAAAAACAUGGAGUGGUAAUUGAAAGAACUGAAUAAAAACUUCUAUUUUUAAUUUUUAAAUAACA